GCGUACGCUGUUUUGUCAACCCUCAACAUAAUUCUGUCUCUCACCGCAACUCUGGGAAAUACUUUGAUCCUCGUAUCUCUUCGUAAAGUAUCUUCUAUUUACCCACCAUCAAAAGCGUUAUUUAAAUGCUUGGCCUUUACAGAUCUUUGUGUUGGUCUCUUUGCGCAGCCACUUUACGCCGUCUAUAUUAUGCUGGACGAUGUGACAAAGAUGACCAAGACAACAUGCAGCAUUCGAGACAUAGCCAUCACUGUGAAUAAUAUUUCGAGUUUCGUUUUGUGUGGGGUAUCCAUGUUUACAUCUACCGCCAUAAGCGUGGACAGACUGUUAGCUUUGUCGCUGGGAAUCAGACACAGAGUCGUUGUCUCUUUGAGGCGAGUUCGAGCGGUAAUAGCAUCGUUUUGGGUGACUUCAAUCUUCAGUUUAUUUCUGCACGUUUUUGUUAGGUACAGUAUCGCAGAAACAGUUGGAAUAGCCUUCGUGAUACUGUCCACAGUUGUUUCUGUCUUUUGCUAUACCAAGAUUUUCUUAAAAUUACGAAGGCAUCAAGCUCAAGUAGAAGGUCGAAAUCGCCAGGAGCAACAGAAAGGAGGAGAAACGCGUCUGAACAUCAUAGGGUACAAGAAGACAGUUUCUUGCAUAGGUUGGAUUCAACUGGUAAUAAUUUCAUGUUAUUUUCCAUACAUAUUUUCCGUUAUUAUGGUGCAGACCAGUGUAUGGAAACAAACAAAGAUCCUUGCCAGAUCUACGGUAACACUUGUGUACUUAAAUUCGUCUCUUAACCCUCUGCUUUAUGUCUGGAAGAUUAGAGAAGUGAGAUUUGCUGUAAAGAAUACAUUAAUGAAGCUUUGCUGCCGUUUGUAG